GGGACACGGAGCUACGAGAUUAACGCGACCCUCAAGGACCGAACAUAACUGCACUUCAGGGAAAAGUCUCACAAUUUACCGGGCACUGGGGGCACAGCAGAAACGAUCAAUAUGAUGACCAAAAGCUUUGGUAAAAGUGAUGUCAAUGAGCUGGUCAGUUCUCUCAGCUGGUUGGAAGAGGAUGGCAGCUCUCAGGAUGGUGACGAGAGCCCAGAGAUGAGAGGACGACUUGGCCUUACUUUAGCCAGUCGGAUGCACUCCUGCACUGAACUGGGCAGUGAGGACAUGGAGGAGGAAGAGGAGGAAAAUGAUGAUGACAUUGGACCAAAUGGAGAAAAUUCUCCCAAACGCAGGGGCCCUAAGAAGAAGAAGAUGACCAAAGCAAGACAGGAGAGGUUUCGUGCCCGAAGGAUCAAGGCCAAUGCACGGGAGCGUUCCCGAAUGCAUGGGCUAAAUGAUGCUCUGGAUAAUCUGCGCCGAGUCAUGCCCUGCUACUCUAAGACCCAAAAACUGUCCAAGAUUGAGACACUGCGGCUGGCCCGCAACUACAUCUGGGCUUUGUCCGAGGUGCUGGAGAGUGGCCAGUCUCCAGAGAGCCACGGCUUUGUGGAGAUGUUGUGCAAAGGCUUGUCUCAGCCCACCAGUAACCUGGUGGCGGGCUGCCUUCAGCUGGGCUCCAGUCCUAUGAUGCUCAACAAACUAGAGGAGAAGUGUGGCUCAAAUCUGGCCGCUGUUACAAGCCAGGCUCAUACACUCAGUUUCCCAUCGCCAGGCCUCCCAAGCCCCCCGUACGGAUCCCUAGAGGCCUCACACCUCCUCCAGAUGAAAGGUUUCAAGGGGCCAGCCUAUGACAACCCCUCCUCAACAGAGUGCAGCAGCGGGACGCCUCCAUAUGAUGGGCCCCUCACUCCCCCUCUGAGCAUCAGCAGUAACUUCCCUCUGAAGCAGGAGCCCUCUCCCCAUGACUCAGACAGGAACUUCAGCUCACACCCGGGGCACCAUGCCCACUACCUCUCCUCACACCACUACUCCUCAUCCAGCAGCCUGACUGGACAUCAGGGACACUCAAUCUUUCAGGCAUCCCGCUUUGAGCUGCCUCUGGAUGUGGCCUUUGACUCUUUUGCUCCCUCUCACUUAGUCCCCUCUCAGAUGGGAUCUAUCUAAAACUGUGUGGGACUGUCAAAUUAUAAAUGAUUAUAACUGCUAAACACUUGAGACAUAAACUAGAACUUUUUACAUUCCUCUUUGAUGAGCACAAACUCAAAAAGCUCACCUCAGUCUAACCUACCUGAUAAAACACCCCACAAAUUUUAAGAUUUUAUUUAUUGAUUUUGUUAAAAUGAUAUGUUGGAUUUUGAAUAUUUUCUGUUGUUGGAGCUAAUGAUAAAAUGACCAAAUGUUUUAAAUGGAGGUUUUAAAAAGUCACUCUCUUUAAACCUGACUUGGAGCCUGCUGACAUUGUUCCGUUCACCAGAACAAGAGCAAUGCAUUUAUUUAUAUCCGUAUUUAAUAUUUAUUUUUGAAACUGUCUUGUUCUUUUUGUAUUUCUCA